AAGUUUAUAAAAUUUAACUAAAAAAAUCAAAGUAAAGACUUUUAUAGGAUGAAGGGAGUAUAUUGUUUAUACAAUGAUGCUCGAUUGUUCUAAAUUAAUUUUCUCACAUUUCUUUUUGGAUUGUUCCAAAAUAUAUUUCACAUUCCUUAAAACAAAUAGAAAUGCAAAAAAUUUGGGCUCAGUUUGCAUCAACGUUAUUGGGCUCAGUACAUAAAAACCAUAUUGUUGGAAAUAUUUGGGCUGAAGUUUUUAUAAUCGAUUAUCGUCUUUCAAAGCCCAAAAAGAUCUUUGGACAGCGAUGACACACAGUUUGAUCCUCCAAAGACCUGGUAAGCAAGAAGGAAGAAGAGAGGGAAUAGAGGAGAGCGGGCCGUCGCCGUCGCCGUCAAUGGAAGCUCACGGCAGCGAAGAUUUCGCCGUCGGCUGCAUCCUCUCCGUUAAAACGACGUUCGGUGAAGAGUUCGAAGGCAAAGUCAUCACCUUCGACCGCCCCUCCAACAUCCUCGUCAUUCAUAUCCUUUUACUCCAUCAAAAUCUGAUCUUUUCUUAUGUGGAUUGCAAUUUCAUGGGGGGGUUUCACUUGAUUUUCUUGACUUUGAUCUUGAAAGCACAAGAAGGAGGGAGUUCAGGGGCUGGGGCAAAGAUGAAUAUAAGGCUGUUGAAAGCCAAUUAUAUCAAGGAAUUUGCUCUAUUGGGUCAUGGAGAUGACCCUCUGGAUGCCAGCAAGUGUUUUCUUGAUCUUGAGACUCUUAAAUCUAGAGAAGAUUCCGCUAUUAGACAAGCGGAGUUGGAUGCCGAGAGAUUCGGGGUCGGUGUCACAGCUGAGGCUCAGAGUAUAUUUGAUGCUUUAGCUAAAACGCUUCCGGUGCGGUGGGACCAGACGGCCAUAGUUGUGAUGAACGAGGUCCGUGUGAGCAGUCCCUACCUUCCCGAGUCAGUGAAGGGCGGUACCCCUGCCGCUAACGAAAGGGUGCGAAAAGUGCUUGAAUUUGAGAGGAAGAGACUACAAGCACGCAACUCCGGACAGUGACUGGUCUCGGACCCCCGCCCCCACCCCCACCCCCACCCCCAUUGGGAAGCUACUGUUGCAUCACCGCAAAGUGUGCUGCGGGUCCCACGUAGUUUCCCGCCGUGGCUUGAUAACUUGUUGCAGACCUCAGUGAAAAAAAUGUUACACUUCAUAUAUUUGUAUGAUAUUCUGGGUUUUAUAAUGGUGACUAAUUUCCCAUCACCACCACCACAUGACACAAUACCAGAUUGUUUUGAAGCAACAGGUCAAUUUUAGUUUGGUCUUUGUCUUGCUUUAUACUUACUUGGUGG